AUGAAAUUCGCAGUCAUCGUUCUCCUUGCUUUUGUUGCUGCCAUCCAUGCAGCUCCAACACAAGUUUCAGACAACAAUGUUGGGGACAUCGUCACCGUAGGAAUCAACGCAAAACUUGACAUCGACAGCAAAAUUGAUCAAGACAUCUUCAGCGUCAUCUUGGGAUUGAAAAAUUAUCAAAGAAUCACUGCUGACCUCCCAGACAUUAACCUUCCAACCCCAACUUCCAAUUUCAAAAUUACCCCAGAGAUGAUCGAAAAAUUCAAGGGAUUGAUGGCUCAAUAA